AUGGCAGAUUACGGAGGAGAUAAUUCGGAUUCAUAUUCAUCGAAUAGAUAUGGUGAUGGUGGAUCAUCCAGAGGAGGAGGGCGUGGAGGUGGAGGAUAUCGUUCAUAUGAUAACGAUCGUUCAGGCGGAGGAUCUGGUGGACGAACUUUUUCUGAUCGUGGAAAUUAUCGAAAUAAUUAUGGUGGCGGUGAUCGACGAGAUGAUGACGAUGAAGUUGAAAUUCAAAAAGACACAAUCUUCAUUCAAAAUUUGCCAAAAAAUAUUACGCGUGACGAAUUAUAUGAUGCAUUCUCUGAAGUUGGACAAAUCAAAUCUGAUCAACGAAGUGGUGGACCAAAAAUAUGGAUUUAUAAAGAUCGCAUGACGGGUGAAGGAAAUGGUCGUGCAACAGUGUCAUAUGAAGAUGAGAAUACGGCUGAUCAGGCUAUCUCAAAAUACAACGAUCAACACAUUUCAGCGUUAGGAACUGUUGUCAAAGUUCAACUGGCACAAAGACGGCCGAGACGAGAUUUUGGUGGAGGAGACCGUGGUUUUGGUGGAGGACGUGGGAGAGGAGGCGGUUAUAGUCGUGGCGGCGGCGGCGGCGGAUUUGGUGGAGGAGUUAUAAAUUUUUUAUUAUCAAAAUUAAGAUUAAAACAUUAUUCAGUCUCAUUUUGCGCAAAAUUGAAUGCUUUAUCUGGUAGUUAUAAACAAGUUGCUAGUGCGGGAGCGUAA